GGUAUGGCUCGCACGAAGCAGACGGCCCGCAAGUCGACCGGUGGCAAGGCCCCGCGCAAGCAGCUGGCCACCAAGGCGGCCCGCAAGAGCGCGCCGGCCACGGGCGGCGUGAAGAAGCCGCACCGCUACCGGCCGGGCACCGUGGCCCUGCGGGAGAUCCGGCGCUACCAGAAGUCCACCGAGCUGCUGAUCCGCAAGCUGCCGUUCCAGCGGCUGGUGCGCGAGAUCGCGCAGGACUUCAAGACGGACCUGCGCUUCCAGAGCUCGGCGGUCAUGGCGCUGCAGGAGGCGAGCGAGGCCUACCUGGUGGGGCUGUUCGAGGACACGAACCUGUGCGCCAUCCACGCCAAGCGCGUCACCAUCAUGCCCAAGGACAUCCAGCUGGCGCGCCGCAUCCGCGGGGAGCGGGCUUGAGUGAGCGCUCGGCUCGAGCUUCCAUCCCAUCCAAAGGCUCUUUUCAGAGCCACCCACGACAGCACUUAAGAAGAAGCUGUGCCACUUACGUCGUCUAUCCGCUCCUAGCCGGCGGGCGCUUCCCUAUCGCGGGAGGGUGGGACAGAUGAGUGCUCAUGACAUGUGACGUAAAGGCCACGAGCCAGAUCCAGGUUCCCUGU